AUGUCUCGCGGCGGCGGCACUACGCUCUACGUCACCGGCUUCGGCCACGGAACGCGCGCUCGCGACCUCGCCUACGAGUUCGAACGAUAUGGCCGCCUGGUCCGCUGCGAUAUUCCGGCUCCCCGUUCGGCUUCGUCUAGGCUCUUUGCGUUCGUCGAGUACGAGUCUCGACGCGAUGCCGACGAUGCGUAUCACGAGAUGCACAACAAGCGCAUCGGCCGCGACGAUUUGUUGAAGAUUGAGGUAUGUCUAGGAAGCUGCUCGGACGCGAUUGCAUCUAACAGGCUGCAGUGGGCACGCACUCCCCCCUCGGCAUCAUGGCGCUUCGACUCGGGACGUGACCGUCCGCGUGGUGAGCGUUCUGAGCGUGGCGGUGACCGGGGCGACCGUUCAGACCGGGGCGAUCGUGCGGACCGUGGCGUACGUUCUCCGCGCCGCCGCAGCACUUCUCCGCGCCGCGACCGUGGUGCUUCCCCUCGCAAGGACGACCGCCGCGAGCGCGACUACGACCGCCGUGACCGCGACAGGUCAAGGAGCCCCAUUGACGGCGACCGGGAGAUGAAGGACGUUCGCGACCGCGAAGACGACCGUGGCGACCGCGAGCGUGGCGACCGUGACGAGAGGCGCGACCGUGAGCGCGAGGCUGAGCCGGCCGCCGAAGCCCGCAAGAUCGAAUCACCUCCCCCGGCCGCGCACGAAGACUUGGACGUAGCCGAGUAG